AUGGAGGCCAUUGGUGCUGCUGCCAGCGGCAUAGCCCUGGGCCAGCUGUGCAUAGGCAUCUCCAAGGCCGUCCACCUCUGGCACUCGAUCGAAGAUCUCCCCGUAGACAUCCAAGAUGCCGUCGACCGCCUCGAAGCCUUGGGUCCCGUCCUGGAAGACAUGUUCACCAUGAUCUCUAGCUCCGAAGACGACUACGGCGGUCCGGAUCCGAGUCUCCAAGUACCGGCUCGGCACGCGAGGGCAUGCAUUGCAUACGCCACCAAGGCGCACCACGCGCUCAAGGAUAUGGUCGAGAAGCUAAAGACUGCUACGCAUAAACCACUGAAAGCGAGUCUUCAUGGCCGUGCGAAACGGAAGAUGAGACUUGCGUGGGCUGGGUUGAAGCGUGAUGAUGUGGUCAAGUUGGAGCGGAGGCUGGAUUCGGCGGUUGGGAUGGUUCUUAUGUGUGUUGGGUCUUACGAGAGGUUAGUCAACGGCGGCUGGAAGAAGUCGGAUUCGAGAUCCGAGAACAUUUGCUCACUUUCUUCCUAUUACAGGGCGAUGAUACAAGCAUCUCAUGAUAGAAUAGCCGAAAAUAUGGCCGCGAAGGUAGUGAAAAGUCAGAGGAAGCUACAUGAGGUGACCGAGGAGAGAAUUGCGCAGAAGGUAUCGCACGAUGUGUCAGAACAACUAGAGAAAUUGGCGAAACAACUUCAAGCGCCGGAAAAUAGCCGCGAGAAAGAGGAAAAAAGUCCAAAGUAUGUCAUUGUCAGGUCAAAAGCGGCCUGGAUGGGAGCGAAACUACCGUCGUAUCAACCCACUGCGAGGGGCCAGCUCGCGACCGUUUGCUCGAGAGAACAGAGCGAAUGGGGUCUAUCUGUCCAGUUCCCAGCUUGGAUAUCCCGAGCUGUGUGGCAGAUACAGAUCAGUUGGAGUAUGACUGGCGGGUGGCAGCAGAGUCUGCGCUCAUUCAGCGUCAGGCCGACAGAUAGCGACAUCUUUGUGGCCGUGGGGAGGGGCAAUGUGACAAGCAUGAUGGCCAUGUUCAGUAAAGGGGACGCAUCGCCGCUCGAUAGAGACGAAAACGGCGGGUCUCUACUAUAUUAUGCUACUUUCAGAGAGCAAGUCGAAGUAUGCCGGACGCUUCUAGACCUUGGCCUCGAAGAUCUUAUAGAUGAUGGUGGCGGGUCAAACAACUUAGACAGAAGUCCGCUCGGGAGUUUGGUCGAGUCCCGUAGAAACUUAGCAUACCAGUCCAACGACAACCAUCUCAGUCUCGUUUCUCUUUUUCAGUCCCGCAGUGCUAACGUACCGACCCUCAACAUAGAGCGUAUGUUUGACUUCAACAACGAAAACUCCUAUAGCGACGACUGGCUGCGCAUCUUCCAGAAUAAGUUUCUCCCGGGCUAUCACCAACUUCCGUUGCGAGACCGCGCAGAGGCCGUUCGAUUGGGAGCGUUCAUAGUGCUUAGCCUUGAUACCUACAGGCACCUGCUGAGAGAAGACGAAAGAGUGCUUAUAACAGCGGAGGAGAUUAGCGGCUCGGCGGAGGUCGGAUUUUCACUAGUUCACUCUGACGCCAUCGCCAUGGGGAAAAGGUUUGCGGACGAGAUGUCUUACGGCGAGCAUCUUCGUUGUGAGGAAGAGAACGACCAAGCAUCAGAGGAUGAAGAUGACGAAGAAGAAUCUAAGGAAAAGAGGAGAAGGACCAUGCCUCGUUUCCACCCGUACAACGACACAUGGAGACACUCGGUCAGCGAGACUCUCAGAGCCGCGGAUCGAAUACACUUGCACAGAGUUGAGACCAUCGUUCCUUGGGACGGGUACCGGGUUCCAGUCUGGACAGGCACGCCGUUACUCUCAGUCAUCGGCGGGACCCUCUGCCGCAUCUCGCCCAUAGUUCCAUGGGAUGAGUGGGACGAUGUCUUUCGAAGGGUCUUACGACAGUGGCUGAGGGCCAUACGAGACGCCGGCAUCGAUCUGUUACAAUACGGUAUAGAUGAGAUGCGAACGCUGGAUUCCGCCACCGCUGCUGACCUUAGAGGGGCGUUUGGCGCCGAAGCCAUUGUGGCCUCGCGAAGACAUGUGCGCAACCCACUCAAGAGGAGAGAGUCGUGGAUGAGAGCGGCAGACCGAGAGCAUUCGGGGAAUGACCUUUACUGGAUUCCCGUGCGCGUUAUCGGCUUGAGUUAUGGGUCGCGACUCGACGACUGGAGGCUUUGGUGGGCGCCAGAGUUCGAGGCAUUCGCUGCCGAUUUCUGGGCUCUUGUUGAUCGGCCGAGACCAGUCAUGCCAGGCAGCUGGGUUGAAUCAUGA